AUGCAUGCUCAAACAACAACGAUCAAUGAGAAGACGGAAAAGAAGAAAGACAGGCAACGUUUCACUGUGAUUCCCAUCAAAGGAGAAAAAAGGGAGAAAAGGUGGAGAGAAUUUCUCUCUUUUAUCAUCAGAAGAAAGCCUCGAAAUACGUUGGACGACGAUUUGUUCGAAGAAGAGAGGAAUUCCCCUCAUUUCGUUGAUUCGGCUCGAUCUUUCCGCUCGUUUUCCCAUUCUUUAUUGCUCUCGUCUCGUCGAUGUGAUGUACCUAAUACAGCACGCGAUAUUGCUUGUAAUAUGCUACAGAAUGUCUAUGAUUUGUUGAGACAAGUAAAGGAUCUAAUGUUCAAUAUUUUGCUUUCAAUCGCCAGAGACAACUCGACAGAGAGUGGCCCAUCGACAGCUCUCGCCAACUCUGCCUGGUCACAAAGAGAGAAUCUCAUUCAAUCUCUUCUCAAACAGCAUCGAGCUCGCAAUAAAAUACUCGAACCAUAUCGAAGAUUGAAGAACGCUCUAAAAGUUUUACAAGAUGAGUAUCUGCACUCAAAAGAUGCUAAUCCUAUUCAACGCUAUUUGAGAUGUUGUCAUGCUGUUAGAGAUGUUGUGGUGAUCGAAAAACAAUAUUGGAAACUACUCGAAAUCCCCGCACAAGAAGGCGAAGACCCCUCAGAAUAUGUCGUGAAAGUGGUGACUAGUCUGGAGCAGCAAAGUGGAAAUCAGACAGCCCCGAAAGGUGGGAUUGGAGCUCUUCUGGGUUCAUCCGUGAUGGGUCGACCCGAAGGACGAACGGAUCAAGAAAUCACUGAACGAAUACGGAAGAUGAAAACCGAUGAGCUGCAAAAAGAGUACGAAAGCAUGUAUUCUCAACUCUAUCGACUCAUCAAAAAAUACCAAGGCUUGAGAAGGAUUGUCAAAGAGUUGGCGAACCGAUACGAACACACUCGCCUCUACCCGAUCGUGCCAAGAUAUGCUCUAUUGAAAAAGAUGAUAAAGCAAGCUCUCAGGGCGCCCGAAUUUGCCGACAUCUGUCACGAACAAGUUGAA